AUGGCUUCGCAAUAUCAGUAUCGCAACUCCCAGUACAACAGCCAGAUCAGCAGCGAGAAGUACGAGCCGUCGAUGCAGCGAAGAUCGACAAUUGAGCGACGAGAGCCCCGUGGAACUAGGUCGAGCGAUGGUACUGUCAGCACAAUGAUGAGCGCAUCGACCGGCAGGGAAUCAUCAGCAACCGCCAUGACCGAGGCACCUGCCUACUCAAAGAAGAUUGUCGUCGUUGGCGAUGGCGGCUGUGGCAAGACGUGUCUGCUCAUCAGCUACAGCCAAGGCUACUUUCCAGAGAAAUACGUGCCGACCGUCUUCGAAAACUACAUCACCUAUCCCACACACGGCUCCAGCGGUAAGACGGUUGAGCUCGCCCUGUGGGAUACCGCCGGACAGGAGGAAUAUGACCGUCUGCGACCCCUCUCUUACCCCGAAACCGAUUUGAUCUUUGUUUGCUUCGCCAUCGACUGCCCAAACUCGCUUGAGAAUGUUAUGGACAAGUGGUACCCGGAGGUCCUCCACUUCUGUCCCUACACGCCGCUCAUCCUCGUGGGCCUCAAGUCAGACCUCCGCUUCAAGAAGACAUGCAUCGACAUGCUUAAGACACAAGGGUUGACGCCCGUCACCACCGAACAAGGGCAAGCCGUGGCUCGCAAGAUGAACGCCCAGUACAUGGAGUGCAGCAGCAAGGAGAUGCGCGGUGUCGACGAGAUUUUUGAGCGCGCCCUUGACACCGUCAUUGCCAACGACCGUAAAACCCUCGAGGCCCAGGCAGCAGCCGGCGGGGGCGGGGGCGGCAGCUACUCAAGCCACGGCGGUCACGGCAUCCCCGGCGUUGGGGGUAUGUCCAAGAGGAAGAAGACAAGGUGCAACAUCUUGUGA